AAGGGGAAGCUGCGCUUUUGGGGAACUGCUCUGCCGCGGGAUCCGCGUUCAUUUUCUACUACCCUUUUGCUUGGUGGCCUGGUGAUCCUUACCUCUGCCUUGGCUUAGCUGCUCGCCUGCUGGGACUGUGGAGCUUUUCUCUCGGGUCCUGAGUGGGGGAAGGGGGCAUGUUAUAAGUGAGCUACUAAGUGAACUGGGGGCUGAUACUGGUUCAGACAGCCUUUGUGGGCCUCAGUUUCUUUAUCUGUGCAACGAAGGGCUUGAUACCUUGUUUGUAACUCUGGCUGUCCCAGGCUGUCAAAGUGCCUUGGAAAGAUGAGCAGGUGAAAACCCUGGAGUGAGUCUCAGGAAUGUCCCCUUACGCUGUAGGAGACAGAGGCAAAAUUGGGAAGCAGACCUUGGUAAUCUGUCUUCCAGCUAGCCUUUUGGAUGCAUCUUGCUUGUUUGCUAAGGACCCAGUGACUUCACUGGUAAGGCAGAGGCUGAGAAUGCUAAUGUUGGAUGUAGGGAGUGGCGUUCUGAAGAAACAGGUCAAGUAGCUGCUGGUGGUGGUGACAAUGUCAAAUAACGGCCUAGACAUUCAAGAUAAACCCCCAGCCCCUCCGAUGAGAAACACCAGCACUAUGAUUGGAGCAGGCAGCAAAGAUGCUGGAACCCUAAACCAUGGUUCCAAACCUCUGCCUCCAAACCCAGAGGAGAAGAAAAAGAAGGACCGAUUUUACCGAUCCAUCUUACCUGGAGAUAAAACAAAUAAAAAGAAGGAGAAGGAACGGCCAGAGAUUUCUCUUCCUUCAGAUUUUGAGCACACAAUUCACGUUGGUUUUGAUGCUGUCACAGGGGAGUUCACGGGGAUGCCAGAGCAGUGGGCCCGCUUGCUUCAGACAUCAAAUAUCACUAAGUCGGAGCAGAAGAAAAACCCACAGGCUGUUCUAGAUGUGUUGGAAUUUUACAACUCAAAGAAGACUUCCAAUAGCCAGAAGUACAUGAGCUUUACAGAUAAAUUAGCCGAGGAUUAUAAUUCUUCUAAUACUUUGAAUGUGAAGGCUGUGUCUGAGACACCAGCAGUGCCACCAGUUUCUGAAGAUGAAGAUGAUGAUGAUGAUGCUACCCCUCCUCCAGUGAUUGCUCCACGCCCAGAACAUACAAAAUCUGUAUACACACGGUCUGUGAUUGAACCAAUUCCUGUUACUCCAACUCGGGAUGCGGCUACAUCUCCCAUUUCACCUACUGAGAAUAACACCACUCCAUCAGAGGCUCUGACCCGGAAUACUGAGAAGCAGAAGAAGAAGCCUAAAAUGUCUGAUGAAGAGAUCUUGGAGAAAUUACGGAGCAUAGUGAGUGUGGGCGAUCCUAAGAAGAAGUAUACGCGGUUUGAGAAGAUUGGACAAGGCGCUUCGGGCACUGUGUAUACUGCAAUGGACGUGGCCACAGGACAGGAGGUGGCCAUUAAGCAGAUGAAUCUUCAGCAGCAGCCGAAGAAAGAGCUGAUUAUUAAUGAGAUCCUGGUCAUGAGGGAAAACAAGAACCCAAACAUUGUGAACUAUUUGGACAGUUACCUCGUGGGAGAUGAGCUAUGGGUUGUCAUGGAAUACUUGGCUGGAGGCUCUCUGACAGAUGUAGUAACAGAAACCUGCAUGGAUGAAGGCCAGAUUGCAGCUGUGUGCCGUGAGUGCCUGCAGGCCCUGGAGUUUCUGCAUUCAAACCAGGUCAUUCACAGAGACAUCAAGAGUGACAACAUCCUAUUGGGAAUGGAUGGCUCUGUCAAGCUAACUGAUUUUGGAUUCUGUGCCCAGAUCACCCCAGAGCAGAGCAAACGGAGCACCAUGGUGGGAACCCCAUACUGGAUGGCACCAGAGGUUGUGACGCGAAAGGCCUAUGGGCCCAAGGUUGACAUCUGGUCCUUGGGCAUCAUGGCUAUUGAAAUGAUUGAAGGGGAGCCCCCAUACCUCAAUGAAAACCCUCUGAGAGCCUUGUACCUCAUUGCCACCAAUGGGACCCCAGAGCUUCAGAACCCAGAGAAGCUCUCAGCUAUCUUCCGGGACUUUCUGAACCGCUGUCUUGAGAUGGAUGUGGAGAAGAGAGGUUCUGCUAAAGAGCUGCUACAGCAUCAGUUCCUGAAGAUUGCCAAGCCCCUCUCCAGCCUCACGCCACUGAUUGCUGCAGCAAAGGAGGCAACCAAGAACAAUCAUUAAAGCCAUGCACACCCCAUCCCCAUUGUGCCAAGCCUUCUGUGAAAUAAAUGCUCAUUUCAGAAAUUCCAGCCCCAGUGCCCUCUCCUCCUUGCCUUGAUCCUCCCAUUUUCUGGUCUAGAGCUCUCAAGAAUAUGAUCUUUGGAAACCAUGUGCCCAGCAUUGAAGAAAACUGCAACUGGGAUGACUAAUCAGAUGACCAUUUCUAAAUAAGGAAUUUCCUUCCAAUUUGUGGAGGUGAGGGUGGUUUAUGAUCAAAGGUUUAUAUGAAUAAACUUGGAUUUUUAUUUCUACAUAGCAAAAUCUCCCUCCUCCACUUGCAAUCAGUUCUUGACUAUAUAAAUUUAUGGCUUGAUAACAUUAUCAGUUUGUAAUCAGUUGAGACUUUAGUGCUUGCUUUUCUGUGACCGAACUGCCCAAACACCUCACUGUACUUGAAAACUGGAACAGCUUGAGGAAUGCCAUGGGGUUUGAUAAUCUGCCAGGAACAUGAAGUGGUUCAGCCUCCUGGACCAUGACUUUGGCAUAGCUGAUCCUGACAUGGGAGAGAGAGCUACCAUUUUUCUUUGUGUGUGCUUCUAGCAGCUAUUUGGGAGGACCUUGACCCAAUAGUGUUUCUCAUGCUAUUUCUUGUGAAAUGGUCUUGGCUAAUGUAGCAGCUUUUAAUUCCCUGCAUCUCCGAGGCUGCUGCCCCCAUUUUGUACUUGUUUAUAACAUUGAGAGGUUUCCUAGGGCUGCUGGGUGAGAGCAGUGUGAGAAGUCAGGAAAAAACAAAUUGAGCUUCUUUUAGGGCCAGGCUGGGCAUCAGCACCUGUCUAGCUAUACCUGUAUGAUGUUUUGAGAACUCAGCCUCUUUUUCCUUCUGGGAUGAGGAGCUGAAUGAUUAGCCCAGAUCUUCUGACCUGAAUUUUUGGAUCAAAGGGAAGGGUCUCCAGAUGUGAGAUAGCAUAUUAAUUUUGUAUGCAUUUGGAUGAUUUUGGCCAAGGCCUGAGAUGAUAAUCUGCAAGCUGUGAGGGGACCGUGUUUGUAAGGUUCAUGGCCAAGCUCUCUACAAAUGGAAAAGCUUGCACUGGGUGUUGGGGAUGUUUGCUACCUCCUACUGUCUUUGUGGUUUUGGUCCUCCCACAGUGGUAGGACCCCUGGCCAGCAUUGUGACUUGUCAUGUUAGCCCCACUGGCUACCUUGUCAUGCUCUGAGGCACAACUGCCUCUGCAGCACGAGUUUCUAUUUCCUUCAAUAAAAGGAGAUGAAAAUA